AUGGACGGUCGACAUUUUGCCUACGUUUUGGAAAAAUAUAUGGAAAACAACAGAAGGAAAAUCCUAGAAGAGAAGAUGCGUCUUGCAAAGAAAAAAUAUGCGGAAGAGAAAGAUGAUCCGACUGUCAUCUUGGCACUGGACAUUAAAAAGAUAUGGAAAUCACUGGAGGAGUUUUCUAUACCAAGUGAUGCCUGGCGAAGGGUAGAGGAUUUCGCCUUACCUAGUGCAUAUCGGGCGUGUACAAAAGUAAAAGGCAAAAUGAUUCUUAUGGACAGUAUCAGCGCUAGAGAGGCCUCCAAACUGUCAUCUGUGUUUGACGAGUUUCGAACUGUGAUCCAAUACAUCACAGGAGUAUACAUGGAUGUGAGUGCUAACAUAGCUGAAGACCCAGAACAAGCUGAAAAGUACUACCAAAAGACUUGUGUGGCCAUAACUACCUUAUGGUCAGCUUGUGUCCGACUCACAGUGGACUGUGUCAUCACACUCAAGCAGAACUGGGGAUGCACAGACGAGUACAUGGAGCUGUCAAAAAAAAUAUCAUCUACGUGUGCCAUGUGUGUCAAAAUGAUCACUGUGACCAAUGACGUCAUUAAAUUUCCGGUCCCAGAUGCACAGAAGGACGCGUUCCUGGAGUGUGCAGUAGACAAAUCAACUGAAGUCUGUUCAUCAUUGUCUAAACUCAUAGAUGCCGUGAAACCGAACGAGGAGGGACCGGCAGACGCAAUGAUGGAGAUGGUCACGUGGUCUCUGUUCAGUUUAAAUCACGUGUCAUGUUUUGUCAUUAAGCCACUUUUAGCGAAUGGUCAUGUUGAAUCGAAGUGGUUUAAACAAUAUAGUGAAACACUAAGCAAGAUGUUUGAUAAACUCCAGGGUGUCACGGAGGAGACAUCGACAGGACUGGAUAUGCAGGCACGCGAAGAGACGCCGCCUCCUCCACAACCAGAAUCAGAGACGGAACCGGAAGUGAAAGAAGAAGUCAAAGGGAAGGAAAAGAAAAAUGAAGUCAAUAAGAAAGGGGUUAAGAAGGGAAAGGAAGCUGAGGAUCCUCAAGAACCAGAACAGGAAGUUCCACCUCCACCGCCACCACCUCAAACACCAGAAAUUCUUACAUCACUUGAUCAGCAGUACGCCAAGUUUUCAGAAGACGUCAUCAGUGCGGGAAAAGUGACUAUUUGUAUUGAGGACACGUCAGAUCUAAACGCCCGACUCUUCUACCGACCGGAAGUACAUAAAGAGCUUGCCAAAUGUCGAUUUGGCGCAUGUGAUAUGAAGGACAGGGUUCAAUGGCUGGAAGAGAUCAACCUAACGCCAGACCAGACACUAGUAUCAGACAUAUACGUCAUCAGUGAUGGGAUCUUGAUGACAACUGUAGAUGUCGAGGUGGAGAUUACCGCCAUUCCUCCUAAGGGAUCCGCAAGUCGAAUUAUAGUCAAAAUCAGAAAGGGAGGAGUAUGGUCUAUAUUAGAAAAGUAUGAUAAGGAAGUUCUUCCAGAACACGUACAAGUUUCGUUCAAGACAAAUGAGUUAGAAGCGGUAUAUGCCUACGUAGAGGAACCAUCUGACGAAGAGGAAAUAGUCCCGGAAGGUUGCACAUUUAAAUCCCCAACUAACUCAAAAGUCUUCAUCAACUUUCCACAUGGUGCUGUACAAGAUCCCACAAAGGUCUUGGUGAAGUUUGUGAGUGCAGAGAGUGCUGAGCAAAAUGUUAACGAAAGACCCUCUUCAAAAGACAAGGCCUCUAGUGGUAUUCUAGGAAUACUCGCGGUUUCGGAUGCUGUUGAGGUGUCCGCUAAGGACUCAUCCGUAGACAUCCAGAAAAACAUCCUCGUUCAGCUUACCAUUGAUGGAGAUGACAGCGAUGAUGGCAAGGACACACAUUUAGUGGUCAUAAGGUACAAAGAUGACCAGGUUCAGGUGAUGGAUAAAUCUCAGUGUCACAUCACUCAGGUAGAACACGGUGUAUACAGUGUCCAGACACGAGGUCUCUGGUGCAUCGGAUUAGCAAGAAUAAAGAAAAUAUUUCUCAACAUGAGAGACACAUUAAAGAAAGAAUUCCUCGUGAUGUUUGGAAAAGUAAAACUUUGUAAUUUAUGUACAUUCAUUGACAAUACGCUUCGUGACAAAGACCGUGGACUUACAACAUUCUGGAUAGAAAUACUGGAAAAAUGUAGGGUUCCAGAGGCUACGUCAGAACACGCGCAGCACAACCUCAUUGAGGUCAAAUCCAGCAGGUCGAAAGAUCUUAUCAUCAGACAAAGUGAAACACUGAUCAUUCAAUUAGAUGGUCAAAUUAGAGUGGUUGGAGCCCCACUUAGGGAUAAAUAUACCCUAACUUAUUUAGAAAACACAGACAACCAUUUACAAGUUCCACUGGAGAUCAAGAGAGACCAAGACAAACCACCAAACGCUACAUUUACAUUCAAAGACGCUACAUCCGGGCAAACGUGUCACACAGUAUCUGUUCCUAUCCGGGACCUUACGGAGCUACCAACAGACGAAAUUACCUCUCGCCCUCCUACCAAGUACCAUGACAAGGACAACUCCAGGGAAGAACUCAAACACAGAGAUGAAGCUGCCAAGAAUGUUCUGUCACACAGUAGUUUGAUGUGUAUGGCACGGGAACUUUCUCACGCAGAAUGCAAGCGUCUUGGUACUCAGAUGGGAGUCUCUAUGGAAACCAUGGAGAAGUUUUCAACGGCGUGCGACAGGGAGCCUACCAACACUAACUUUCGAAUCCUGUGUGAAUGGCGAGGCAAAUCUGUCCGUUCAUCCAUGGUUGAUUUUCUCAUCAACUCACUUCGGACGACUGGUCUUUGCAGUCAGGCUGCUGUGGUAGAGAAAGUUUCAAAACUUUGCAGGGGUAUACACCAGGAGGAUUUCAAUAACUGA